AAUCCUAACCCUGAGUGUCUCCAUUCAACACCACCCUUCUUCCUCACACACUCUCUCUCUCUCUCUCCCUCCUCUCCUCCUCGCUCCUCUCCUCUCUGCUCCUGCCAGGAAGAUGAGAGUGAUGAUGAUGAUGGUGAUGAUGUGACACACCGGCCAGCCAAUAAUCACUCGAGGUUUGAGUGUGAGGGGUGUGUCCUGAGGCUGGGAGCUUGGAGCUGAUCGAUGCUGAGGAGACCGAGCAGGAAGAAGGGGUAAGAGAGAGGGAGACAGAGGAGGGUGGGGGAGGCCUUGUCCGAGCUGAGGAGCGCCUACUCCAGCUUAAUAAAGGAGGAGGAAGAGGAGGAGGAAGGGAGGAAGCUGUCACCUGUCAGAGGGGGGAUCAAACCUGUGCUGUCAUGGAUAAAUAUCGACCAAAAAGGCCGACCACCCUGGCUCUCUUCCCACAGCUGCCACAAGCCGGCACCCAGGUAGGGAGGCUGGGAGGAUCCCUGCUCGAAAAAAAUCAGUGUGUACAAGUGUGUGUUUGUGUGUGUGCAGGGGUGGAUGCUGUGUUAAGCGGCAGUGACAUCAGGCUGGAUAAAUGGGUUACUGUGCGUUUGUGUGUGUGUGUAUGUGUGUGUGUGUAUUUCCUGGGAGGAUCCUGUCUUCAGAAUGAGACAGCAUUGGUUAGUCGUGCCUGUGUGUUUGUGUACGCUCUUGGGUGUGUGUAUAUGUGUGUGUGUGUGCUGGCAGUGGGUCAGCUCUGAAAAUGGUUCACCUUUAAUUAUACAUCUCUUUUCCUCUGUAAUCUGGCCCCUAUUUUGUGUAUUUUUGCCAUACAUUUCUCGGCAAGCACCUAUAUUUAGAGCAUCCAUACUCCUGGAUCAAUCUAUAUCAUGUAACAGCCGCAAUAGAUGAGCAAUCUGACUUCCUCAAGGACGCUUUGACAGCUCACUCCGGAUCCGGAUUUUUAAACAGAAUCCUCUGAGAUGUUCUGCCAUCUUGUUAAAUACACACAUGUAUGCUUAAAAUAGGUCAGCUGUGAUCGUGUCUUGUAGUAAAAAUAGAAAAGGAUACCAAAAUGUCAAGUCAAAACAAAUCCAGUUAAUUGUGGUGUAACCAGCCUUGGCUAGUCCCCCCAGCAGUGAUCAGAAAUGAGCUCUCUCUGGAGGGAUGCAGAACAAAUUUACUGGUGUUUUCUUUCACAUUAGUUACAUCCUGUUUAUUGUGUCAGUACAGUUCAAAUCAGAGACCCUCACAUGGGUCUAUCUAAGGUUUCGACACUCAAAUCACUCAAAAUAGCAACAGCAUUUAACUGUAAACAACCAUUCACACUUUUGUUGUUCUAACUGUAUUUCUCUGCAAAGGAGAUAAUAAAAAUGCCAAAAGACAUACGGAAGAAGUGGUCGAUUUGGUCACCUUAAAUAAUAAAAGUGAAAGCAACGUAGCCUGAGCCAGGAGAUUUAUUAAUCUUGCAGCCAUGAUGCAUCACACUAAGAUAAAUCCCCUAAAAGGACUUGUCAGUGCAGCGAACAUGCUCACAUUUCUCUUCAAUAGGUGUCUGACAACAUUAAAGUAAGGGCACAUAAGAUCAGACCAUUUUUUUAAGGAGUAAGAUGUUUAUAAAUAGCUGGCUCAUCGGUCUCUGAAAAUCGACCAGAAUUCAUUGAUAAAAACAGAAAAUAAACUUGAAAAAGAACACAGGGUAGACAGGUGUGUACGGGUACUUACCUUUUUACAAGUCUGUUUUAGGUCUGCGUCCUUUGCACCUGCUAACCUACUUGCUCAGAAGAUUACUGGCACUUUUAUUCUUGAGUACCACAAACUAAACCGUCUACUUCAGAGUUCAGGACUCACCAUAAUAGAAACAAUUACAGCAUCAGCACCCAAAAUCUUUGAUUUUUUAUAAUGGAAGUUUUAUGUCCAUAUUCAGGUUAUUUGUUGUUGUUGAAUUUGAACAUUCAACCUAUAAAGCAUCUUCACGGUUUGGAAAUCUUUUUCUCAAAAUUUUACUCCAAUCUUAGUUACAUUACAAGAAUGUGAAAUAUAAUAAACAUCAAAAUACCAAUCAGUUAAAGUUAAGUUUGUGAAAUUAUGCAGUCAAAUAACUGCAAAAGUGAUGUCUGUAAUGUGACAAUUUCCUAUAGAAGUUAUCUGCAAUGAUCUGACUAUGAAGGUUCAUUCAAUGCUCAAUGAUCCUCUCCAGCCUGAAAUAGAGUGAGGAUGUGCUGACAGGCAGAUAUAGAAGGUUAUUUUGCCUUCAAUCCAAUCCUUCACAAGCUGCAUACUAAAGAGGCAUGCAUACAGUCUUGAUGUAAAUGCCUGAAUCCUGUCUUCAGUGGAUUAAAGGCACAUAUAGCGCUGCCAGGUAGGCCCAUAUGCUUCAGUCAUUAAAUAAACACGUGCUUGACUUAACAGGUGAUGUAUUGAGACCUGAAUGAAUACUUAAACUCUAAGGUUGUGGUUGUGAUGCUGAUCCAAUGUUUUCAUGCCGGUUGUUGUUUUCUGAAGCUGUGUGCUGCUCUGAGAAGCAUUCAGGUCCUCUUGGCUUGCUAGCUUUGUAGCAGCAACUGUAGCUAGCAUACAGCAUGCUAGCUGAGAACCCAGCUAUACCUUAACCCGAUAAUAGAUGGCUGUGGAUGAGUUUAAAUGUGAGGUACACCGGUUCAUAAAUACCCAGUGUGAUAUCGAUCCGCUGUCACUCGACAUGUCAGCAGUCACUCCAAACCUCCAGCCUGUGGGUCAUCAGUGAGCUGUAACCUGUGUCCUCGGCCGCCUCCCCUGCCUGACAGCUGGACUCACCACAGGGGCUGGAUUAGACUAGACCAGAUAACACUUACUCUCACUCAACAUGUAAGCCUUGACGCUUACUCAGUCCUGUGUACGCUUGUAUGUGCACAAGAGUGUGUGCAUGCAAAGUCAAUGACUCCACGCAGUGUGUUGAUUCAUGUUAUUAUCAGCUCUGAAAUUAGAGUGAGUGUAAAGGAGACGGCUUCUAGAUGUCUGUGUUGGUGGAUUCCCACUAGCUCAAGAAAUGUGUUAAAAUCUCCAUGAGAUCUCAUAAGCCACCCUGCAUUGUUUUUUCAAUACAAUGUUAAACAGCAACUUCUCGAUUAAUUUAUUGGUUGUUUUUAAGGUUGUGGGCUGGCACAUUGUUUCAAAUGGCGCCAAAAGCUGAGUUCAUACAUACAUAGUAUUAAAAAGCUAUGUUAGCAGGCAAGAUGUGACUUCAUUUUGGGUUCUGAGAAGACAGUAGACUACUGUCAAACUCGGCUUUAACUCCAGCAGAGCUGAAAGCUAAGCUUGUCAAACUCAUGCCAACUAAGUUUAGGAUUAUUAGAUUGGGGAAAAAAUCAGUGAGCUAUUAAGUAUUUGCAAGAUUUUGUCAUUGGAGAUGCUAACAAUCUGAACAGUUAGAUCUGUUGGCAUAUGUUAGCAUAUCAAAAUAAAAACCAAGCAGGGUCGUGGUUAAAGUUGUCAUGCAGCCAACACACUUCCCACAUGCACUGAAAAGUACCAGACUGCUUUGUGCAUAAUUCAACAACCGCCUUGGAGCACCAGCUUACCAAUCAAAUAGCUUGAGCAAAAAUUAUUGUUUGGCUACAAAAAAAAAAAAAAAAACUUCUGCUGUUCUGAUCAAAAGCACAAGGAUGUGGUCUUGAAUGUUAAGUUCACGCUGGCAUUACAAAGAGUACUCAUCAUUAGUUUAAAAACAGAAGAAAGUAUUUUUUUAAAUUUAGAUAUGUGUGAUUUUUGUACUAAAAGUUGGCACACAUAGUGAUGAUUGACUGCUGCUGGAGUGUGGAAACUUUGGGUAUGAGUUAUAGGCUAAUUAGCUCCUGAGCUGGCUACAGUUAACACUAUUUCCACUUAAAGUAUAUUAAAAAAGUGUUAGCCAAAGAGAUAUUUCAAAGAUAUAAUGUAAACAUUACAUACUGCUGGUUGUCUGUGGUCCUCCAAAUGAAACAGCUCCUGUUUACUCCCUCCAGCCUUGCUACAGUCGCAGCUUUAUGCUGUUCUUUGCCAAGGAUGGAUGCUGGGAGAAUUGGCAUGUCAUUACUGGAGCACAUAAACAAGUUGUUGUCCAGAGCUCUUUUCUUAAAGUCCGACUCCGAUCGUUUUUUUAUUCCUUUAAGUGUUAUCAGUGGUCUUUAAAUUGUGACUUUGGAAUUUUUAGCCAAAAUUACGUUACUUGUGUCAUUUUCAAGGGCUUUUCUUCUGCAGAGCUCCAGUAGCUCAUUAGCAAUUCACCUGUACUGGAGACAGUGCUGCUCUGCACACUCCUCUUCAUGCUAGCUUGUAGCCAACCAUUGCUGGUGUAGCAGAAGUGGCAGGUAACAUAGAAGUGAUUCAGCUGUCAGACAGUAAUGUCUUUGGGGACACAAUGAGAGCUAAUAUCAUAAUUAGCUUUCUUACGAGCAUUGCAAUCCGCUAACGCACACGCUUGGUCCGCGAUUGUCCUCUCCUCUUCUCUGAGUGUGGCCUGCAUAGCGGGAAUCUGGGGGUGGGACAAAAGCUGUUAAAAAAUGGCCCUUUCACAUUCAAAGUGAGGUCUUUGCGUGGGAGAUCAAACUGCUGUAAUACACAAUGAUGGGGCACAUUGUCAGAGGUUGUGAGCUGUGUGUUGUGUCCUCUUACUUAGCCUCUGAUCUGGAUCUGGGUCCUUUAACUUUGACAACCUCUGCCCCAGGAGCUGAUACACGUCAAGGAGCUCUGUAACUCUUUGACAUUAUGAAGUAUAUAAAAAACUGUCUGCAAAUAAAAUGUCUCUUAUGUUUUUAACAGGCAAAGUUCUGACAACAUAAGGAUUACUGCAUUUAUGUACAGUCCGUUAGAUUGUUAGCUGCUUUCCAAACACCCUGUGCUUCCCAUUCAUUCUAAUGAGAAAUGCAAAUGGACACACAAAUAUUUUAAAGCUGAUCAUAUUAGUCUUACUUCUCGAUUCUUGGCACAGUUGCCCUAUCUCUGUAUGGUAGCAGCUGUAUGCAGACUCAUCGGGGCAGUGGUGCAUUCAUGCACUGUAAUCUGAGAGCUGAGCAGUGUGCACUGACUUUGCUUUGCUGUGGAAAAUUUAAACCCUUUAGACAUUUUAUAAGCAAACAUGGACGAGCUAAAGAGGAAAAACUGAAUUUGAUAGAUCCCUGAAAUACCCAGAUGGUGAAACAUGCUCUUUCCCUCACCCCUGCAGUCUGGAUGAAAGCUUUUCAAGACUCGUGGUGAAGAUGAGGAGAAGGCUGCUACUGAUGAGCAUAAAUCUGGGGCAAUUGGAAAAGGAAGCGCUUUCAAAUAAAUAAUGAAAUACCAGUAAGAGUAGCACUCUUUCACCUUUGGGUGACAUCUGGCUUGAUCUGUACUGGUUUUUGCCUCACCUAUGGGAAGAGGGUUGUUGAUUUAGCUUCAAAGGCAGCCAUAUUGAUCUGUUAUGUCUGUCCAAAGUCAUUUUAAGAACACUUUUAAUGGAGUCUGGUUUCUGGACAGGACUAAUGGCAUGUUUUUAAUAUUUAAACCAGCUAGACUCUGUAUCCAACCAUCAAGGAGUUAGUUUACAUGUGACAACUGGUUCUGUAUGUCAUUGUUGUGAAGGAGUUAAUAGAGCAACAAUACAACAACAUUAAAAAGUUUUUUGGCUUAUUUUUAGGGAAAAUGUUUUAUCACACUAAUAUGUCUAAUUCUUGUGCUUAAAAUUAGCUACAUUUACCCCAAGAAUAAGAUAUAACAGGCCAAAAAUAAGACUUAAAUUGAUUGUAAUGCCUUAAAAAAUCAGAAAUUCAAAGUUUAGCAUUUAAAUCUUGAAAUUAGACAUUACUUUAGAGCUUAAAAUACUUAACAGGGUUUCUUGUAGAUGAGAAGAUCUAUCACUUUCAUAUCUAUGCUAAUAUAAAGCUACAGCCUGCAUGUGAAGAGUAAAUACGUUGGUAACAGACUUUCUGGCCUCCUAGUGUAACAAAACUCAGCUGACAAAGAACAUUUCUGUUUUCUCUCUCUUUUUUUGUCUUUUUGUUUGAUUUGCAAAAGAAGAAAGUGUGAAAAAGUCAUUUAACAAGAAGUGAGAGUACUUGAAUAUCAGUUUGCAGAGAAGAGCUACUUUUGGAACUCCUCUAGCACUGAAAGGGUGCAGUCAGAGACUUGAGGAUGCUCUGGGAGCUCUUUGUGGGUUUAUUUUUGAGCAGCUGAUUUUUAGGAAACCUGGCGGAGGGGUACAGCUGGGGCCAAUGAAAAAUCAAUGAAAUUUGGGAUCAGAUCCAACUCAGACUCAAGUAAAAAUAGAGCUGACUCACAGAUGACUGUUAGCCUGUGUGAUAGUUCAGAAUAUUAUACCGUUUUGUUAUUAAAAUGCAGUAUACAUUUUACUAGUUGCUUUACACAAACAGUAUGUUGCGGAUGGAGUGAUUUCUGAUUUUCACAACAAUUUGACCAACCUGAGAUAACUGUCUACAGCUGAGAUGAGGACACUUUAACUACUCUUUGCUAUCAUUACUAUAAGCUAGCUAUGCUUUCCAUAGCAUGACAUGUAACCUUGUUAUUUACUGAUUUAUAUAUAUUUUUUCAUUUGAAAAAGAAGAGUGCAUAUUGAUGAACAUGGGCUACUGUACAUCAGCAGCCCCCUCAGGUUGGUGCUACAGUCAUGUAAAGUACAUCAAGCAUGUACAUGAAAAACAAAUAAUGUUCAUAAACCAUGCAGAGACUAAACAACAUUAACUAUAAAUUCCUUUACAAAGAUGCUCAAGAUGCCCUUUCUGCUCUGGACAAACCAGGAAUACAGUGACCUUCUAAAGUGCAUAAGGUGUUCAAAGUGCACAAGGCGGGCGGCGCAGUGCCGGAGUGUUUAAGUGCUUAAGUGCUGGUGUAUUGCACAUAAUUGUAGAGGUGCUGGUGUACACUGCAAAUUUACCCUACGCCUAUUCAAUGUAAUUGUUGGUGUAAUUUCAGAGAGCUCAUAUAUAGUCAUGUUUAUUUACACAAUAUUAAAGCACAGGGUCAGAAAACAUGGAUGUGUUUGUGUUUGCAAUGAUUCACUGGAGUUGCAUACAUAGAUGCAUUUAUGUAUGCACAUUGAUGGGUGGAUAGUUAGACAUGGUCACAAAUGUGUUUUUUUUUUUCCCUGAGCCGCACCCCCAGAUGACCUUUGCAAAGGUGGAGCAUUCACUGACCGAGAGUGUUGUGCUGUUUCAUACAGUGCCCUCUUCAAAUGACACACAGCUCUUGGAGGACUUUGUACAACAUGCGAGUAUUGAUGAGUUUUUAAAUGUUGUCAAACUUGAGAGCUCGUGCUUUAGAAAGACAAUACUGUCAACACUUUUUGUACAGAUUCAAAAAGUUUGACAGUUUUUGCUCUUGGAAGUGACCAACUGGUUAGUUAAUGUGCAGGAGUAACAUGAAAAAUUAGGGCAGCAGUUUCAGUCAGAGACAUCCAUAAUUCACUUAAAAUUAUACAGGCUACAUUAGACCGGGUUUGGCACUUUCUUAAACGUGGUUCUAAGAAGAAAGUGAAGAAUCCAAAUUUACCCUCAGGUAUUUAAACUAAUUAACAAGCCAUAGUUCUUCCCUUCCCGGGACCACAUGUCAGCAUGGAUACUCUUCUGGAUGCUUUGAGAUCAUCGUGCAAACUGUUAUCUUGGUGGUUGACAGGAGACAUUUGCUGAGCCAGCGCUGAAUGUGGGUCAUUGCUGAUGCAAGAAUUUAGCCAUUUAGUCUUUGACAUUUUUAACAGGGAUAGAUAUUACCGUACCAUUUGACCACAUCUAAAAAUUAGUUCAUGCAUCUUUUAUUCAAGGGUAAUCAUAGCUAUAAAUAGUUGAAUUCUACAAUGAGCUUUGUGUAUGUGAAAGUGAUGGUUGUUUCUACUUCAAAUAUGGUCUAGUUUAACCCAUGUCCCAUCAGUCAUUGUGAAGGAGGCAGGCUUUAUGCUGCGGCUGGUCCUUGGUGGCUCUAAAUGGUUCUGCUUUGCUUUCAGGGAGUGGUUAUGGUGUCCAUCUUCUUAUAAGGUCUACAGUUUGUUUCUGUGAUGACAAGCAAACUCAAAGACAGAGGCGGGGCUUCAUAACAGUGUUUUUAGCCUCCCACCCUGAGUGUCCUAUGAGAGAUAAGUAUCUGCAGUGUGAACUGGUCUUGGCAGAGUUAGUAAUAAAAUUCAAUUAAUUAGAUUUAAGUCUCUUCAUUGAAAUCAGAACAGACUUGUGCUGCAAUGUCAGACUGAAGAAAGAUGUCAGAGAGGGGUGCACUUUACACAAAAAAGACAUAUACUUUGAUCCUCCUCUUUCACACACUCUGGUGUUCUCGCUCUUUCUCUCUCACACACACACAAACACACAAAGAGUAACCGUAGUAACAGAACAUGAUGUGCAACAGGGAAUGCAAAUGUAUGAUGAGAUGUCAGUGACUCAGCAUGACGUGUGGUUCCUAUGACGCUGAGUACUGCUGCUGCUCACUUCCUGGUUGAUGCUCCCUCCUCUUCCCGGCUGGGAUGUAAAAAAGGCUGGACUGGAGAAGGAGGAGAUACUGAUGUUGGUUUUACUCAUUUUCCCUUGUAUAUCAGCUUUUUUGUGUACUCAGUGGUCACUACUAAAUCCAUUAUUGUGCAGCUCUGAAUCAGAAAAUUGCAAAAUCUCAUCAAUGUUGUCUAGAUGAUGUGAUCCUUGCUCCGUCAUUUGGAUUUCACAUCACUUCAUCUGUAUACAGGAGAAAGAGAGAAAAUGAUGCAUAAAUCAAGGCCUCCUUUUGUGGCAUUGAAAGGUGUGAGAUAGCACCAGAAAAGCAGGUCUGGUGUGUUGGCUCUCAGUGUACGCUUAUCCUCUUCCAAACGGGACAUCUGCUGUGCUCGAGUGUGUUCAUGUGUGCGUCCCUGUAUAUGAGGUCAUGUGUUAGCCCUGCUCUCAUGCUGCUUCUCUGUCUCAUUAACCUCCAGGACUCCAUCAACAACAACUCCUUAGGGAAGAAGGACAGCUGGAAGGACUCCCGCUCCUCCUCCCCACACAUUACAGGUAAGAGCUCUGAUUAAUCCUGGAGGAAAAGGGCGGGCUGGCAAAGGAAGUAUUUUGGAUUAUGUUGAACCAAGUGCUUCAUCUAUGAAAGCUAAAAGAGCUUUAGGGUACGGUGGCCCUGAAGGUCAAUGGCACAAAUAUUUCAUGACACCCUGACCCCAACCCUAUUCUGUUACUUCUGAUAAAGUACUAUGUCUAAAUGAAGCCUCUUCUGUGGGUAUUGGGAGUUCCUAACCCUAACUCUUCUAACCUAAAACGUUUGCACUUAUCAUUGACAUCUACCUAAUGAUAACAAAAAAUUAAUCAGGUGAAAAGUGAGGGGCUUACAGAAUAGUCAUCAAAAUGCUCCCAGAGUUAGAUCUUUCUUUGGCUCAGCUCACUUCACUCUGGUACCUCAACGCUUACAGUAGGGGGUGCUGUUUUUUAUUUUCUCUGCCCCUGCCUCUCAAAUAGUCGGAAUAAGGCACUGAUCUCCUCUAACAUAAUGCACACUGCAUUAGUAGCCACACACUGUUGUAAAUUAUCACUAGCUAGCUCAGUUGAGUCUUCUUUUUCCACUUCCUUCCAAAUUAUGGCAGGUGACACAUAGCAUAAUGAAGCACUACCAGCCCUUAUUUUGAACUAUUUGGUUACAUGGUUUUAAUGUAUGUGUAAUCUUUAGAACAUUAUUAGUUUGUCUUUUUUCAUCAAGAUGUUGAACACUAUUGCAAAAGCCUGUAUUUGACCAUACUCAUCUAGUUGGAGGCCCGAAACAUCCUUUCUAACUGUGUUAAUUUUUGUUAGCUGCUUGUAACCUUUGGCAGUUUGCUCUUCAAAAAGAUUUUAUUGUUAUAACAUCGGGCGAAAAACUCAAACUCAGUGUCAACUCUGUUGCAAAUAUGUGUCAUCAGUUGCAGCUGCAUUUAACCGUAUUCCUCAAAAGAGUUAAAGUUUUGUACACAAAUAGAUGACUUCCAAGUUAGUUGUGAUCGUAGACUGUAUAUACUAUGGACAACUUGGUUCCGCCUUCCGCCAUUACAUGGAUUUGAAGCCGAAAAGCUCUCGGUAUUUCCGCUUUUUUUCUCUACUUCCUGAAACCAAGAUUGCGCAGUAGCUUUGUACGCACUCCACCACUUGCGCAGUAGUGUUGCAUGCAUUCAGCAGGAGAGUUGAUGAGAGUCGCUGUGAUGACGCUCGUCUCAAACAGCAUAUCCUCCAGGUGAGCUACGCAAUCUUCGUACACCCAUAGGCUGUAUCAGGUGUCAAUCAUAGAAAACAUGAACCCCCUAAUAACUUUUAAAAAAGGAGCUGCACAGAAAAAAGAGGUCUUGAACACAAACCAGUCUUACAGUAACUACAUGUCAACAUCACAAGCAGGGGGGAGAAAAAUUUAUAUUCUGUGUAAUAAAUUUCUAGAGUUUGUCCACAGCUCCAUAAGCUUUGCUGGCGGAGGUGGGAUUUAUGACCUAUACUGCAGCCCAUCAACAGAGGGUGCUGUUCUCACGGUGACUUCACCCAGCAAGGAGGCAGACUCUGUCCAUUCUAUAUACAAUCUAUGGUUGUGAUUUGAAAGUAAAAACUGAGGAAUGACAAAAAGGAAUAUUUUUUUUCUGCUACACCUCGUGUGUUAUUUUACUUUCUAAAUAAAUCUGACUAAUCCCCACUAAUAAUUCUUAAAUACGAUUGUUUUUGCCAAAUACGCACCAACUCCCUCCUCCCUUUUUAAUCAGAUUUCCCAAAAUAUUGUACUUUUAUUAGAGAAAAUAGUUCCCUUAAUCUUGUUAACCUAGAUUACAACACACUUUGCCCUGUAAGGUUUCAUUUUUUUUCCAAGAAUCUCUCUGUGGAAUAAAUUCAGCACAAAUAGUUAUACAAGAUUUACAUUAUUGUGUGAUGAUGAAAAGUUUUCAUAACCAGUUUCACAUCUGUCUUCGAAAUGUACAGUAACAUCAGAUGCAGAUGUCUUUUCUGGCUAAUUUGUAAGUUUUAGUGUUUGUGGCAUGUCAGGGAAGCAAAGAGUGGAAAAUACUUCAUUUUCUUUCCACCACUUUUACACCUUUAGCUCACACCAUCAAACAAAAACAAGCCCUUCUGUUGGGUGUAUUUGAUUACAUGAACAUGCCCAUAAGAACUUAGUUGCAGCAAUUAAAGCCCAUUGUUUUGUUUCAUUGGCUAAAUCAACUCUGGUUAUUCAAACAAGAUUUGUUAUUGAAGUGAAUAAGACUGCAAAGUAGAUGAAAAUGGACUCAGAUUUAAUCAUAGUUGAAUCAUCUAUAUGUAGAGAAAUUAGAAAGAGUGGAUGCAACAGACCCUGAAGAAUGAAGUAAAAUGUCCUCAAAUGGUUUAAAAUUAAUCCUGUGUGGGUUUUUUCCUCUUUUCCUGUAACUCUUAUCUAAGAUAAACUGCUUACUCUGGGCUACUUUGAUAAUCCCUCAGCAUACAUCUGGUUGCCCAACACAUAAUCUGAUGCUUUUCUUUCUUGUGCAUGAAGGAGAUCUCACACCACCUGAUGUCCAACCGAAACCUGAGGACAAAGUCCGCCGCAGCACGCGGCGCCCAGCCCCAAAACCGCCUACGACCAAUGGAGCUCACGGAAAAACCAACACUCAGACUGCUGCUCCUACUGCAGACCCACGCCCUCGACCACAGGAGAGACAGGCGUCUGGGACCACACACACACAUCCGUCCAGCACACCGAGGAGUCAGAGGAAAGCAGCUGGAGGAGGAGGACGAGGAGGCAGAACGGGUGGAAGAGCAGCAACAGCAAUGAGAGAGAGGGGCCUAGGAGAUUUUAGAGGGAAGGAUGGGGUGACAGCGGGGAAGGAAGAAAAGAGAGGAGGAAGACUGUGUGAGGAGUCCAGGGGGAAGGAGAAAGAGAAAGACAAGAAUGGAUAUCAGAAGGCUAAAGAGACAAAUGGACUGAAAAACAGGGGGGCUGAUGGGAAAGGGAAAACAGGUAGUAAAGGGGGUAACAGAGGCGGACUCAAGCUCAACAACAUGCUGUGUAACCAGCAUGUUUAUCUGCCAGCCAUGGUGGUCCCACGUACACCUGUAGCACCAAGAAACCAGGACAAGACCCAAGAGCAAGGUAAUGAAUCACCUGUGGAGCUCAAAGUGAUGGGUGUUUCAGGUGUUUCAGGUGUUAGAGGAAGGUCAGGGAGCAGAGCUGGGUUUCUCAUGUCAUUCUUGCACAUUGCUUCAUGUCUAUCACAGAAAAUCAGAGGUUUGUCUGAUUCAAGUGUCCUACAGUCCUGUUUUUAUUUACUUGUUGCUGGAAACAAAGUUGAUUAUAGCUGAAGUUUUGAAGAACCUUUGAAUUCACACCUGGAAGCUUACAAAAUUCCUGUUUGUCUUUUUCAGCGUUUUAUCUUGAUCGCUAAAUAACAUUUUAUUAAGUAAUGUCUACUCUUGUCUUAUCUUUGAGACGGAUAAACAUCUAUUCGCUGAACACAAAGGUUUUGAUAAUAUUCAUUCUUAUUGAACAAUUGUUCUUUUUUUCAGGUCAAAACCAUGACAGGGCCCAGGACAAGCCUCCUACCCUCUCUCGAUCCAGUAGUGAGGGAGGGUCCAACAGAAUGUCUCUCAGUUCAGAUACUGAGGGCCCCCCACCAGGGCCCUUGAAUCCAUCUCUAUCUCACCGAACUAACCCUGACAUCACUGAAGAGGAAGGAGAAGGAGACCCUACUCCCUGCGUGAACAUACAGAAUGGUCCGGCCCACUGCUUUAAUGGCAAUGGCAACACAGCGAUGGACUGCAAUAACUCAGAAGUUAUCAGAGGGCGGGGGAGAGGGAAGAGUAUCUGUGAGGUGGAUAAAAACAACUUAGUCUCUCAGAGGGAGAGUGCAGCUGCUCAGACUGUACCAAAGAGUGAAGCUAAAGCAGGGUUGAAUUAUGACUCUGUUAAAUACACUCUGGUGGUUGAUGAACACGCUCAGUUGGAGCUGGUCAGCCUCAAGGACUGCUUGCACGGGUACAAUGAGCACAACGAAGAUAGCGAUGCAGAGACAGUAUAUCAAUCAGCCAAUGAGGAGGAAGACCCAGAGUAUAAGGAGGAGAGGAAGAGAAAAGAAGAAAAAAGGCUGGAAGGUAAUGACACGGGGUGACUUACUUUACAGGCCCAACCCUGUCACAAAGCAGUGCCAUGUGUUUGCUGCAAAAGAUGUUGGCAGUCUACAGAAAGAGGAUGGCAUUUAGCUUGAGGAUGGCAAACUUACACUGCUAACAAACCUAAUUGUAAAUGUUAAACUAGAUAAGAUGUGCACCUUGUCAUGGUUAACAUAUCCCGGCUUUAAUAGUUGAGAAUAUUUUUAGUACAAACCUUGUCAAUAAAUGAUGAACAGAGAACAAAACAAAAACAAAAAACAAACAAAAUAAUCGCUCAUCACUUGCAAUAAAGGCAUAAUGCUGAAUUAACCAAGAAACUUAUUUGUGACCAUAUCACCCAGCACUGAAAGACAGACGGUUGAACUUAAUUUAAUCAAAAACCUGAAAACUGUAAGGAUGCUAAACCAACUCCAAUAACUGCUUAUUUUCACAGGUACUGCCAAAGACAACCAAACAGGUAUUUAUGGAUCAAUUACUUGAAGGAAAAAUAAUUAUGUGUGUAACAAAGUUUGAAUAUUGGGAAAUAAGAGGAAAUGGUAGGGGACCCAAUACUACCUCUUGAGGAACACCACUGAACAGAUAAUUGCUCCUUAUACACAGCAACAGUUCCACCAUAUUUAAUUCCUUGUCUGUGAAAUAUUGGUGUUCAAAUGUUUAAUUUCACAUGGCCUAGUAGCAUAGUUGCAAGUGUUGCAUGCAAACGCACGGAGCUUCACAGCCACACAUACUCAGACUUGCACGGGAACUAUUCAGCACUGCCAGCUCAGGCUAAAUUUGGCUGACUUUUCCAUAAUUCCUUGGUUCUUGUUACUUUUGGCAAGUAACUCUAUUAUUUUCUCUGUCUACCUAAAGACAGGAGGAAAGAAGAGGAAAAGAGAAUAAAAGAAGAGGAGGAGACCAGGAAGAGGAAGGAAGAGGAUUUAAAGAGAAGGAGAGAGGAGGAGGUGAAAAGAAGAAAGGAAGUUGUGGCGAGGAUCUGCAAGCAUUCCAAAGUGAUAUCAACCAUAACCUCAGAGGAAGAGGAGUCUAAUGGAGGAAAGGCAGAAAAUUCCAGAAGUAGGAAGUUCCUCAACCUAUUUUCCAACAAAGGCAGCAAUUACAGUGCGACAGGUCUGUCAUAUCUAGCUGCCUUGUUUUAAUCAAAAAGGGUUGCCAAUAACGAGUUACCAAUAAACUGUUAGCCUAUAAAGUGAGACUCCAUUUUGGCUGUUUGCAUCACAGAUGACAACCCCAAAGAUAUCACACUCAAAUGCAUGUUAAGUGUGUUAUUGGAAAAUGGAAAGAUGGUAUGCUCAUCAUCAAACUUGUCCUUCAUCCAAUAAACUGUAGGUUGUCCUUUGGGCUUUCCAUUCUUCGUAGAUGUCAGAUUAGAUCAGUUGACUUUUCUUGUGAAGAGAUUAAAAUGACACAACCUUUGCCGUAUUAUUUUGUGCUUUAUCAAACAUAAUUGCUGUGUCAUACAGGAGCUGCAUCAUUUGGCAUGUUCUCCUGUGUUUUGGAUGGGGUGGAGAGAGAGCAGAGCCACAGAGCCGCCUAUAGGUUAGCACACAUUAACAUGACCAAACUAACUAUGACAUCUCCAAAUGAACACCACAGACUGAAAAUUACUCUUUAUGCCCCCCCUUUUUUUCAGGUUCGUGCCUCGUCAUGCCGAUGAGCUUCAUCUUGAGACAGACGACCCGGUGUUAAUGCUGAACCAGUCUGAGGAUCUGUGGUGUCAGGGUUACAACAUGAGGUCUGGAGCUACUGGGAUAUUUCCCGCUUUUUAUGCUGUCAAGGUGGCCAAAGAAAGUGACCAAGGUACACACAAAAAGUGAACCAUGGAUACCAAGUAUUACCACACCCAGAGAGGUUUUAAAGCUAACUUGUUACUUUGUUCUUCUUCCUCUUCAUAGCUCAGAAAGACGGUUGGACAGAGCAGUUCUUGGUGCGAUUUCUGGGUUCAGUUCAGGUUCCCAUUCGUACAGGCAAUGAUGUGCUGUGUGCUGCAAUGCAGAAGGUAUGUCGAUACCAUAGGCUAUAUAAAUCAGUCUUGGUGACACCAGGUAACGGUCACUUCAAGAACAAUUUGUCACUUCAGGGAAAUGACUCGCUGAGUAAAAUAUUUUAUGCAUUAGCAAUCUGUAGAGAACAGCUAAAGCUAACACUGGAGCUCAACCAGGAUUACAGUAUAGCAAUACAGUCAUUAAAUUACAUUUGUUUUAAGCACAAUCUAUGUCAGUAAAGACUAAACAAUCAAUGAGAGCUCAAAAAUGAGCAGGAAAGUGUUGCUGUUGCAAGGUAGCAGCAGCUUACAUACGAGUGCUGUAAGAUUUAAAAAAUGGCUGUGAAAUCUUUUUUUCUGAAGAACACAUCUGAAACGUUUCCUCAAACAUAUUCCCUAUCUGGUCUCUGGUCUCUCCACAGUAUUAUUAUUUUACCACAACAUUGCGACAUUUUUGGUACUCUGUCCCUUCUAGAAACGAUUUUGGGGCCUCCUCUCCCUUUAUGAACACUCAAGCUAUAUUUUCUGUUUUAAGAAUUUUUUUUAGUGUUUUAUUUAAUUCUUAAUACACAAAUGGUCACAUUUUGGCCAGAGUCACACAGUUGUACCUAUGACAUAUGGUCUAACCACAUGAUCACCCAAAGUGGCAUCUAGAGUCUGAACAGAAUAGCAGUAGAGUUUCUCCUUGAUUGUGCCAUACCAUUCAAAUUCAGAAAUGAUUAUGAAAUGAUUACUUGUGUACACACAAAACAAAAGGCAGGUUUUAUUUUUAUUUUUAUUUUUUGUCAGGUUUAUAGAAUCCUGCAUUUCCCUGUUCUCACAGUUUUAACAUGAACAUUUUCAGGAGCAUGAGCACUGGCCUUCUGACAAUGUCCACAGUUGACUACAAAUAGCCUCCAAAAACCACAAACCCCCUUGUCUGAGCACAAAAAACUAGCUGUGUCUUUUGCAGCUAAACACUAUGUUUUCCCUAAAUCCUUCACUGGGUCUUAAUCUUUCAUAAGAACAUUACAGCACAGAGCUGGCUACUUAAGCUCAGAUUUGGAUGAACGCACUCUCUCCCUCCAUGCCACAUUUUAUAUUUCACUCUUUAUUUAAAGUACCCCGUGAAAUAGGAUUACGUUUAAUUCAUACCUGUGGUGAAAUAAUGGAGUAGUUAUUGGACUCAGAGGGGAGUAAUGCUGGGCUUCCUUCAAACGAUUUUCACAGUCCCAGACUGAAAACUGAAAGUUUUAAGUAAAAUCUUCUAAAUCGAUCGUUAAUUUCAAGGUGGUAAUCUGCACUGUUUUAUAUCAGUCUUUUCCUAAUCUUGGGUUUGCAAUAAUAUCGCAAGUCGCAGAGACGUAACACAAUCAGCAACCAAUUGAUGAGCUCUGACAAAAGCCAGGAAAGGAAACCUGACAGUCAAAACAAGAAAAACAAGAAUGUAUGAAGAAUAACCGGCGAUGUAAAAAGAAUUGGAUAGUGGAGCUGUGGGCAGAUCAGCCUUUCCUAUUUGACAUUAACUGCAGGGUUUCCCCUACAUGUAAUGGCGCACUGCCACGGUAAAAUAAAAGCCACCACACCUCAACAAUAAAGUUUUUUUUACAUGCUACUUUGGACUCAGUAUGUAUCUGUAUAUGUGGCGCAAACGGGCUGCACCAUGGGGCACAGGGUUACGAGUUGUCAAAUGCGACAACACUGCUGAAAUUUUCAAUCCUGCUUGAAAGUUCAGCUACAAAUAACACAAUCAAAGCAGGGGGCUCAAACGUGUUUUAGCAAGUAUUACCCAACCCAAACACCACGGACUACUCCAGUUAUGUCACUCACUAAUACCCUGAUUAUUUGUGUGAACAGGUGGCGUGUAACAGACGGGCAACAGGUCAGCCUCCCUCAAACUGUGUGCUGGAAGUCAGUGUGAAGGGUGUAAAAAUCACAGUCGAGGAUCAGUGUCACUCUGCUCACAGGGUGAGUUCACCACUCAGUCUAUCUGCCUUCAUGUCUUACUUUUGACUGUCACCUUUGAAAUCUGCUCCUGAUGAAUAUAUUAUUCAGAAUGAGUUACUUUCACCGGGGUGUAAAGCACUCUAGAGUAACAAACAAAAGGAAAAAAAAACACUCAGAAAGACGAUAAUCAAGUCAACCUAUGAGCCCAAAGAAACCCUAAAACACCCAGACACACUGUACUUAAAAAAUAUGUCUCUGUCUAUCACAGGGGGACCAGUGUUUCCAUUUUUUCCAAUUGAAGAACAUCUCUUUUUGUGGCUGUCAUCCUAAACAUAGCAAGUGAGUCCAGUUUAUUUCAGGAAAAUCAAGUUAUCCUUUGAGAAAUUUUGGUUAAACUGAACCAUAUAAAUACAUAUAUACAUUUAAGUUCGUGUUUAAUCCAUUUGAGAAAGUUUGCAUCGAUAUAUACGUCUGUAAAUGUGUGUUUCUUGAUGUUUGUCGCACUACAGGUAUUUUGGUUUCAUCACCAAGCACCCCGACCAACCGCGCUUUGCUUGUCAUGUGAUGAUGUCAGACACAUCUCUGUAUCCUCUUGCUGUGUCUUUAGGGUAAGAUCCAUUUUGAACUUUUUUGUGUCAUUAUUUAUGCACAUACACGAACCACCUCAACAGUCAAGAGUAAACCCAGUUCAACAAAAACGUACAAUGUCAUGCAUUUUAUAGUCCACUUAGUAAAAUUUGUUAAGACUCCAAUGCUGCACUCUUUCUACACAAAACAGAGAACUAGUUAACAAUAAUAACCUCAAACAUUCAUAGCACAUCUCCUAUACUGCACAUAUUCUGCAUAAAAUACAACAUUAAUAAGCAUUAUGUUGCAGCAAUUAUGGCUGCUGUAAUUGCUACAGGCCAGAGCAAGUCCAAAACCUUUUGCACCCUAUGAUCUGUGUAAAAUAAAGUACAUAUUUGUGAAAGUAGUGAAAUCCCACAUUCACAUUCUUUGUAUUGCCCUGCAGGAAGGCCUUCCAGCAGUAUUACAAGGAACACAUUGGCUACUCCUGUCCCACUGAAGACAUCUUCAUUGAAUAACACCUGUCCUUCUCUCUCGUUAUGUACUGAAUACUCACUAUGUGCAUGUAAGCCCCGUCUUACACCACAAACUGGAUCACAGAUAUUUACUUUCUGCAUGGUGGAAUUUUUUUUCUUAGUGGCAUCCAGUGAUACAGCAAACUUUCCCGUCCUUUGGUCAUGUCACGAUAUAAAUACCUCUUUGGAUGGAUAGGAUCAAGUGAGAUGUUCCUGACAGUGAGAAGAAAUGUAACAUAGCCCUUUACCCAAACCAGAUGCAAAUAUUUGAUAUUGAUAUAUUUUACCAGCUAAAAUAACGGACAUGUAAUUAUCAAGUGAAUAAUUGUUGUAAAAACAUAAAGAUAGCCUUCAGGAGGGUGAAGUUCAUUUAUGGACAGAAUGUUAUGUUUUAAUAUGCGACUAGUGCUUUAAAGAUUAACCAUUAUUGGGCAAGAUUUUUUUGGCAACUAAUCAAAAUUAAGUAAAACAAAAUUAAGUGAAAAUUCUGUCUCUAAAUUAAUUUCAUCCUGUACUGAUUUUAUAGUCAAAAAGGGCUUCUUGGAAAUUCAAAAUUCUCCCUCUUUAAAGGUAAUGCUUGGAAGAAAUGUACAGUAAACAAAUGAACCUGCCUGAUUUUUUUUGCACAGAUGAGGACAGAAUGAUGUUUCCAGAAAUGUGAGAAGAUUAAAUCUGUAUCUCUAAAGCCAGAAACUUGACAAUCUCCUGUUGAAGGUGUUUGAAAUUGCUGUGAAGGUGCCUCAUUUCUCUUUUUGCUGCUUCAUGUUCCUUUUCUUCCAGAUGUGGAUUUAUGCAGGGUUUCUCUGGUUGAGCUAAGACAUGAUUCCUUUAACUCUGUGUAAUAACCAGGCCCAAAUGACGCCGUGCAAUUUUCUAUGUGUGCAAAAUGACAGACUGGUGGGAUGGUGGAUCACUGUGCUGUCUUGUUCGAGUCUGUCCUUAGCACUUUUUAGCAAACACUUCUUUUGCAUUGCCUGCUCAAAUCUCACACUGGAGUCUGCGUGAUCAGGAUGUAUGAAAGUUUGACCAAAUAUGUUUUAGAAUCAAUACUGAACCUGGCUUUUUGUUACUGAGCUGCACCUGUCUGGAAAGAGAAGGAUGUACAGUAUUAUUUCUGUUCACUUUGUCCAUUAGCUCCAGACCUAAAGCUGCACCAAUCAAUACUUUUUACAUCAAGAGGUCAUGUGACCAUGCAAACAGGGUUACUCAUAAAAGUAAAGCCUACAAAGAAGUAUCCAAAAAGGCAGUUACCCUCAGAUCUAAGAAGAUUUUAAUUCUCUUUUAGACAUGGGAUUUUGUUUUCGUGUUCAUGUACACUUUAUUGUAAUCCCGGACUUGGCAGUAAGCGGCAAAUAGGUUACUUAAGUAUCAUGAAGGUUGUUGUCAUUGUUGUUAGAUAUUGUCAUUUGAUGACUGUUAGAUAUUUCCAAACAUAUUAUAUUUUCGCCUGCACUGUGGCCCCAUAAUUAUUUUAAUUUUUUGCCUUUUUUUGGUACUGUCCAACCAAUGCAAUUACAGAUUCAAUGCUGAAUAGCAAACAUACCUCAAACGAUCUGCGAGAACAUUAUAGUGCUGGUUAGGUGGAUUGUUGCUGCAUUGUUAUAUUGAUGUCAUAAAUAGCAGAUGACCAAGAAAACCUGGUGCAAAUUAAAUAGCGUAUUUUCAUCUUGCAAUUUUUAGUUUGUACGUCAUUUGAUGUGCAUUUCAGCAGCUUUACAACUACUCUGCUUUCAUUUGAAUACAUCUAUGAUUACAAAAGAGAUUACAUGCCAUGUCCCUGGAAUAAACUUUGCAGGUCAAGCAGCGAAAGUGCAGCAAGACAUAUUUUGAAUGCACUAGCAGAGUCUAGGAGUAGGCACCCUGUUUCCGAAAGCGAUAGUUUGUUUCCUUGAUGUGAGGAUGUUGACAGUACUAAAUGCUUUACCCCCAGGAGAUUCUGGUCAGCUUGACCCUUUAAAUAAGAAACCAGCGAGAGUAUCAGCACAGACAACACUCAAAAAAGAAAGUUGUGUAAACGCUAUUUGUCAAGCGCUUCAGUUUCUGACACAAAGAAAACAAACCAACUCUCUGAAGCAAGGCCCUCAGACCCUGAAUUCCAGCCUAUCAAACUGCCUUUUAGCACAGUGAAAUUAACCGAUACUGAGAUUUGAGCAGGCAGAGUCAACAGAAAUGUACCAGGAUAUGUUCUGUGUUUAAAGAAAAAAAAAAACAGUGCCUAUUUUUAGUUUUCUGGUGUGGUGAAUACAGUCGUAGCUGUUAAAUUCAGAUGUCUACAGUCACUAAACAAAAAUGGAUACAACAGCCAGUCUUGAGUAGUUAUGUAGGGCAGGACUUUGUACACCUAAGAUGACUGCCAUGGACUUAAAAUAAUGUAACUGUGACCCAAGAGGUAAUUUCAGGUUCAUGGUCAAAUGGUGUUUUGUAAUACUGACUUCAGAACUGGUCAGUAUUGCAUUACAAUGGGGGUGUUGGUGUCACUCAGUUGGAAGAGAAGGUACCCCAUGAAGAGACGACAAUCCUUGCUCAGAUCAGAUAAUCUUUGAAAGUGUCACAUUACAGUCAAAGUAGCAGUAUUACCAAAUUUAACGGGACUAUGCACAAGUUUGCAAAAUGAUACUGUGAACGUGUUUUUUAGAGGUAUUAGUCUGAGCAGCUUUAACAGGCUUAGCUGAAAUUUUUGAGGAUAAAUCUUAGUCUCAUGAUCUGAAGGGAUAAGAAAUACACGCCAAUCCCCCCAAAGUAGUUUUAAAUGUUGGAGCAAAAUCAGUUUAAAGUCCUAAAUUUCCACUCAACAUGUAGAGUAUGUCCAAAAAUGUUCAAACUUUGGUAUUUGUCAGCUUUUACAUUGGAAAAAACAUUAUCUUUCACUGUUAGACUAGUUGGGCAAUGGUGUAUUACUAUUACAGUCUGCUGUCAAAAAAAUAUGAAACUUAAUGUUUGCCAUGAUUGAUGGUGAUUUUAAAUGCAGUAUAAGGAGUUUUUAACAGUUUGAAAAACCAACAGAAACUAGAAACUUAUACCGAUGGGUCUCUAUGUCCUUCAAAAGCAAACAAGACUAACAGCGUCAAGGCAGAUAACUUCACUCAAGGAAUUUUUAAUGCUUUAAACCAUUGUCUCAGGCCAGAUGAUUGACAGCAAGCUUGAAAAAACAGCUUAUUUAAAGAUUUUUCCAUGGCAAUUAUUCACAAUGAGUGGUUUAUUUCACAGCUAAAAAACUGCAAGAGGAUAUUUUGUUUUAAAAAUAUGACUUUUACAUGUACAGGACAGGAUGCAAAUAUCAACAUAAACCAAAAGUUCCCCACAGCAGCUUUAAAAUCCAUUUCUCUAAACAGUCACAGUGUAGAGGACCAUCUACCCUACGUUCAUUGUCAUGGCAGCCAUCUGAGGUGUAUCACAGGAGGUAGUUCUGAUCCACCAGAAAGUGUCCUUUUUAUGUAUUUAACUUUUGUGUUUCUAACACCACAGGGAUCUACUGUACAUGACUCAUUAACAUAGAUAUAUCCUGUAUAGAUCCUUUAUGUAUGUAUGUACUUAUGUAUGUAUGUAUGGUUGUAAAGGAGUUAUUAUUGUAUGCUGUUGGUUUGACCAAAACCUGGGUGUAACACCGCAUGAUAUCUAUGUUGUAAAAAUGAAGACGCCCAGAAGAUGCACAGACAUGUGAUAAUGAUGGUGGUUAUUCUUGUCAAUAAAUCACGUUUACAAAUGCA